CUUGACGUUUCUCAUCAUCAAAGGCAGAGAGCAGAGAGGCAGACAUCUUAUAGUUCCUCCCCCACUCUACUUUUUCUGUAUACCCGUGAAUCAUUUGGGGGGAGGUAGCUCUCACUCUGGCUGAUAGUUCCUUGACCUGGUUCUAUCUGCUGGAUGAAUUCCACCAAAAAAUGAAACACAGCAGGUUCCUGGCCCAUCUGAUACUUGCUGCCCUUCUCUAUCAAGUGAACUCCUCAAAUAUAACUGUGGAGGAAAUGGAGAACAAAGUGUUUUUGCAUUGCAAUGCCAGUGUCGUGAGGCUAGAAGGCACAGUGGGAAUAGAGUUACCAGUCAAUAAAUAUCUGGACUUGGGAAAACGCGUCCUGGACCCGCGAGGAAUGUAUAUGUGUAAGGGGGAAAAUGAACCGACCAAGAAUCCGUUCACAGUGCAAAUAUAUUAUCGAAUGUGCCAGAACUGUGUGGAGCUGGACCCAGGCACCCUGGCUGGCAUUCUCAUUGCUGACAUCAUUGCCACUCUGCUCCUUUCUUUGGGAGUCUACUGCUUUACAGGCCAUGAGACUACUGGAAGGCUGUCUGGAGCUGCAGACACUCAAACUCUACUGAGGAAUGAGCAGCUCUAUCAGCCCCUCCGAGACCAUGAUGAUGGUCAGUACAGCCGUCUAGGAGGAAACUGGGCUCGGAACAAGUGACCCUGAGACUGGUGGCUUCUAGAAACCUCACUAUUAACGGUGCCUUCUGCCUGUGCUCAACCAAUAAAGAUGUCGUCUUUA